AUGCCUCGAAGAAGAUGCAACCUCUCCCAAUGUAGCAGAAAUGCUAAAAGGAUGAGAUUAGUUCGAUCACAGGAAUUUGAGGAAGGUCGUGACGCAAGGCUCUCUGCAACUCAGGAACAUCAGACGAGGUUUUGUGCUGCAGAAACUUCGACUCAGCGAGAAGCUCGACUGAGUUCAAAUCGUUCUCGAAUGAUGACAACUCGUAAUGGGGAAAACGGGGAACAACGAAAGGCACGUUUAUCUGUCGAUCGCGAAGCUCACGCGCUAUCGCGUAAGUGUGAGACUUUUGCUGACAGGGAAACCCGCCUGAGCUUCCAGAGAGCACGGACAACAAAUGCUCGAUCCCAGGAGACACAGGACGAACGGAAAAUACGUCUCAAUGCCGAACGUGAAGCUCAUGCACUAUCGCGUGAGUCUGAGACUUUCACUGAUAGGGAAAUUCGUCUGAGUUCUCAGAGGGUUCGGACAGCAAAUGCCAAAAAAGAUAAGAUAGCAGAAGUUAUACUAAUACAAAUAUACACCGGAAAAAUAAAAAUUGGUUAUACUUUCAGUUCGACGAUUAAUUUAACAAAUAUGCGGCUUGUUUCCUAA